AUUUCGCCCACAUCACACUCAAGCACCCGACAGCGACGAGAGUAAACUUUCUGGACAACUGCAACCUCAGUCUUUGUGGCCCGAUCCACUACUAGGAGCACGCUUCUUACAAUAUCGCUCGACGUCACCGGAUCGUUUAGACCACGCACCACUUCCCAUUACCUACUGCACCCAAGCAGAAAGCCCUACAGCGCAAUUUUCUCCCCAGCCAGCAGGAUAUUGCUCGGUUAGCACCUUUACCUAGGUAAACCGUUUAGUUCCUGAACCCUACCGCUUCCGUCCUUCCGGCAGCCUCUCGGUCUGCCAAACAUCUCAGUCCCAUCUUCCUCGAGACCAGAAGCCCAACAACCUCCGUGGGACCCCACGUGUUCUUCUCAGACUAGGUACCUGGGCAACGCCCUUUUCUUUCCCCUCGGUUGCCGGACGCAGCCCAACUCGCCAGCCAUGGCCGACGUUCCUCUGCAAGUUAUUUCCGAAAACUCUUCGUCAGAGCGCCGCAUAACCCCAUCAUGGACCAUCAGCCAGCUGAGAACCAAGCUGGAGCCCAUCACUGGUAUCCCACCCUCAUCCCAGAGAAUCAGCCUUAAAACGGCUUCGGGCAGCCUUCCGAUCGAAGCAUCCGACGAGGACAGCGCACAAUUGACGGGUUUCCCUUUGGCACCCUAUGCCGAGCUACACGUGGCCGAUACUCGUCCAGCCGGCGCACGCCCUAACUUCACCGAUACCUCGGGUGUCGAGAAGUAUGUCAUGCCGGAGGAAGAGUAUGCCAAAAAGAGCGACUCCGUCCUAGCUUGGAAGAAGGCCCAAAAACUUGGUCGUUUUGACCCCGACGCGCCAAGCCACGAGCAGGCCAAGAUUGCCGCUCUCCAGCAGGAGAUUGAGCAAAAGGGUAUCCAGGUUGGCAAGCGAUGCCGUGUCGGUGGCGAGGAUUCGCGAAGAGGCACAGUCAAAUAUGUCGGGGAUGUCAAGGAAAUUCCUGGUAGCCUGGGUCCAUGGAUCGGAGUCCACCUCGAUGAGCCCGUCGGGAAGAACGACGGCAGCAUCGCUGGAACGCGGUACUGGGGUGAAGAGUCGCCGUUGAAGCACGGAGUCUUUGUGAGGCCCGAGCGGGUUGAGGUUGGCGACUGGCCGGUCCUGGACGAUUUGGAAGAUAUGGAAGAGAUCUGAUGAGAGCGGGGCGCCUUUUCGGCGCGGUCGUUGCCGCGCUUGGAGUUCUCACUCGUCGAUAAUCUAGUCAGAUGAUCCCGUGGCUGGGAGGAGAACGAAAAGGCCGGGUUCUUCUAGCAUUCCCCAGCUCAGCCUCAACACAUACAUAUCGGACGAAUUUCAGAUUGAAAAUUCGACGAGCCGUUGAUUGAAUAUUUCAACUUCUUUUAAUGGUAGAUCGAAGACGAGGACUCAUCAGUAAACUCGGAGCCGGGGCGUUGACGCAGUAACAUGAACCUUCGAUGCUUUCUUCUCUUUUGAGUACAGCGCCCUGUGUGCGAAACCGCCGACUUGGCAGUGUUGUCAAGGACCAGACCAAAUGUGUGUCAUCGACAUCGGAUGGUGUCCAAGUUCUCGUUAUCCCUUUAGACCUCGUUGCUUUCUCCUGCUUUCGGCACAUGUUUAGAUGAACCUCUUUAGGUGGACAGGUUUGUUUCUCCCCGUCGGAAACCGAAACUGGAUUAUGCUUUCCAAGAAGGGUCUGCCAUUUCCCGCCCAACUUCCAUAUCAGUCUCCGAAUCAGCCCCGAUAGCAUGAAAAUGGCUCGCUCUUUGAGGGGCCGGCUUCCAAAGUCAGGUCGUUUGUUGCUCGCAAUAUUCCUUCCCUGGCGUCAACGUCCGAAACCAUAUGGAUUUAGGCGAACCCCACUCCGUUCCAGGAUUCAACGAACACUGGGGUCGGAUGAGCUGUGUGGCAUGUACCACAGGUCCCAACCAAGGACGCCCUAUAUGAGCAUCCGGGCUGCAAAGAAGGGCACUCUCUGGAUUCACCGGACAUUUGGGAAGGCACACGGACAUCCUGGUGCCGAGGGUGAUCCCGGGUCCGCACAACAGCAAGACGUCACUGGUAUCCUGAUCAGCUUCCUCUGGUCCCUCUCCCACAAGAUAUGACAGUACCAUUUGUGUCCCUGAUCUCAUCGCGCAGGGUUCGUUCUC